UAUUUCUUCAACUCAAGGUCCGCUUCCCGAAGUCGACUAUUGAAGUGUUGAUGCGAGAGUAGACGACAUUUUAUUCACAUUUCGUUGUUUUCGGAUUAUAAACGUUAUUCUUGACCAUCAUCGUGGAUGUGUGUAAAGUCGGAUUGGACAAGUAGUCACAACAUUUAUCCGGUUUUCUACUAAAGGAAUGUUUUUUUCUUCCUCUUUUCAACAACUAACGAUACAAGUGCUCCGCUUUUCCAGUAGGGCUUUUCAAGUACACCAGUCCGGCUUUUAGGCUUUUUCUCAUGUAGCCUAGUUUUCCUAUGCAGGGAAAGCCUUCCGUUUUUCGUGUGCUUUUCUUACGUCUUCCGGUGGAUUGUGAUUGUGGCAACUAUUUAUUCUGUAGAUUUCAUGUAACCGUGUCUUCGAGCGCAGCCCUGCGGGUUUUGGUACUUGGAUAAGAGUGACUAAAAAGUUAGGCUACUUGUCGUAAAUGGAUCGCCAUUUCAGUUUCAUUUCCAUUUGGCUACAACUGGAACUCUGUGCCAUGGCUGUUCUUCUAACUAAAGGAGAAAUACGGUGUUACUGUGACGCCCCCCACUGCGUGGCCACGGGCUACAUGUGUAAAUCUGAUCUAAACGCCUGUUUCACCAAGGUGCUGGACCCAAUGAACACUAACUCUCCCCUCACGCACGGGUGUCUAGAUCCCAUAGCGAACUCUGCCGACAUGUGCAGCUCUAAGAACACAAAUGCCCUGAGUGAGGGUUUGUCUAUGCUGGAGUGCUGUCACGACGAUAUGUGCAACUACAGAGGCCUUCACGACCUGGCUCACACCAGAGAAUCAACAGAGCACGGCAGGUACCAGCCUGAGAGCAACAACCGUCACCUGGUCACGCGGGUACAGGAGCUGGCCUCGGCCAAAGAGGUGUGGUUCAGGGCAGCGGUGAUCGCGGUGCCCAUCGCUGGAGGCCUCAUCUUGGUCCUUCUCAUCAUGCUGGCCUUACGGAUGCUCCGCAGUGAGAACAAGCGGCUGCAAGACCAGAGGCAGCAGAUGCUGUCACGGCUCCACUACAGUUUCCACGGCCACCACACCAAGAAGGGCCACAUGGCGAAGCUAGACCUGGAGUGUAUGGUGCCCGUGACAGGACACGAAAACUGCUGCCUCACCUGUGACAAGAUGAGACAGGCGGACCUGGGGAACGACAAGAUACUGUCUCUGGUACACUGGGGGAUGUACAGUGGGCGUGGGAAGCUGGAGUUUGUAUGACUUACUUUUCUAAGUUUGUUUGACUUUACUUAAUGUCCCCCCCCCCCCCGCCCAAAAAACAGCCAAGGCUGUCUCCUCUACUCGUUGGGUUUUCUCUUUUAAUUUUAAAAAUGAAUCCCCCGUUUUGUCUAUUUUACUUAACAGCUGUUUUUUUUCAAUGGAGGGGAAAAAGAGGACUGAACGGAACGCAAGCCUUGUGGUUUUUGCUGAAGGAGCACUUUACUUGAAAAUGAAAGGCAAACCAUCGAGGCUGUAUUUAAACUUGAGGACAGGACUGACCGACGGACUGAGAAAGCUCUGUCAAGACCCUGUCUGCAUGUGGAUCCUGGACUUUACACGGAGCGCUGAAGGAUUCCAAAUCUGUCUUAUUUGCACAUUUGUAAAAAGUAAAAUAAGUUGUUUUGCUUAAAAAGAAGCUAAGUAGAAGAAGACUUUUACACUGACACCAGGGUUAAACAACAAUAUAAUAGUUCAAUAAUUCAGUGUUGACUGUAGGUGUGUGCACUCCUCUGUGUACGUUUCUUGAUCCAAGCCUAUUGUAAAGAUUUAAAAUAUAUAUAUUUUUGUCUGAAAAGAAAGACCCUGUCCUGUGUCUUCUUCCUUGCUGUGUGAAAGAGAGGAACAGUUUUCAAGAUGUUUUUCACCCCCUGGUGUGUUUGUGUGUGUACAGUAGUAUGUAAGAGGAUGUGUAGUGAGUGAGAGGACCACGCUGCCAUGGUGGUGUGACGUUUCAUACCCAGACGGUGGGAGUGUGGGCCGCCGUGGCGUGUGUGUAGUAUCAGGCGGAGUGUGUUGGCCGUGUGGUUCGUGUAGGACUGACUUCACAGUGAGGCCUUGUUUCACAGUAGUACUCCACAUCUGAGUCAUUCUUGAAUCUCCUCCAAAGGUCAGGAUUUCGGCAUCAAACACAUUCGGUUUCUUUCAUUGCACGCGCUGGAUUCCUCCUGGAAGUAGUCUGGCUAUUUAUUUUAUACUCGGUCGAAGGCCAGUAUAAGCCCUCCCCAUUCAGCUACUCUGGAUGUGUUUCAGCCGACACACUAACCCUUCUGUAUCCCAGCUUGUGUUGAUGAAGAAGGCUCUUUUCUUUGCCAAGCGACUAGGCUAGUGAUUAUGCCACAAUUGACACUCUUAUUACGCGGCUUAGAAAUAGAGCUCGAGCCUGAGGUUGCGCGUGUGUUUUAUUACGAGAGUUAUGCAUGGGUUAUCAGGAGAGUUAAUAUGGAACCCACAGAGUUAUAGCUUGGAUAAUGUGAAGACUGUAUUUCUAUUGUUGUUGUGUUUGAAAUCCCCUUCACUUCUUUUCUCCAGUCUGUUUGGUAGUCCUUCUACUUUAUUACGUCCUAAUACUUCCCUGAUGGUACGUGUAUCUCGCUGUAAAGCCUGUCCAUAGUGAGACACAUAAACAUAUCGCGUGACCAAUUUCAACCAGCUACUUUUUUCCCUUUUUGAGGUAAAACUUUGGUGGACUUUGACUGUGAUAAACGAUGUGGAAGAAUCAAUAAUGGCGAUGCAGGAUUCUGUGUACUUGUAGUAACGUUAACAUAGCAGCCUAAAAGUUGGGGCCUUCGAAAGGAACAUAGCAUGUUUUGGAAAUCACGGUUCAAAAGUUCAAAGGAACUGUGUUACUCCUCUCCGUGGUAACCAAGACAGAGAGGAGGAAAGUAAGUUGUUUAUUUUAGGUCCACCUGUGUCUGUGUAUGUCUAUGUGUCUGUGUCCAUUUGCAUGCGUGCGUGUCUACUGUGUGUGUGUCAGUUCCAGGCUGACUUCUUGUUUCUCUCCAUUAGGCCUUAAGGAAAACACUAUUACCAGGCUAACCACUUAACAGCAAUCUGCCUUAACCGGGCCUCAGGCCACGCAGACACUUAGUCUCCCCAGGACUAUUACCCUGCAAUAAUAACAGGACCCUCUGGUUUGGACAGCUAAUGUGCCCUGUGUUUUUGUUCUGCUCGCUCCCAUCACCUGCUGAUACCAGACAGACAGGGAUGUCUGAAGGGGGAGGGCACGUGCACACACACGUACGCACACACACACACACACACUCUAGUAGUGCCUCUUGAUGCUACAGUUAGACCCCAUGCACAGUGGCUCUACAAUAAAACACUUCUCCAGGCCCAUUAGGAUCGGCUGCCAUUUUGCUGAGCGGCAGGCGGUCAGGCUGUUUGUAUUGACAUGCAAAUGUAAUGAGGCGGUCGACUGGCUCCCUUCAAAAGCCCAAUUUGUUUUGAAGUCACUUCAAAAUGUCCCCUUUCUAACUUGCCAGUGAAUUGUUAUUGGUGUAUAUUCUGGAUGCGUCUGGAAAGGCACCCUGUUGCCUAUAUGGUGCAAUAUAUACAUAAUAGGAUGCCUUUUGGGUCGCUCCCGCUGUCUCUCUCUCAAGUCAAUUCGCUUUAUUGGCAUGACGUAACAAUGUACAUAUUGCCAAAGCUUAAUUUGGAUAUUUACAAUAUAAAAUAAAUAAAAUAUCUCUCUCUGUC